AUGAAAAAGAAAGGAGGCAGAGAGAUUUUCGAGAGGGCGCCGCACAUUUUCGCCAUUGCCGACGCGGCGCACAAGUCGAUGAAGCGGCGCGGGGAAGACACUUGCAUCGUCAUCAGUGGCGAGAGUGGCGCCGGGAAAACGGAGGCGUCCAAGAUCAUCAUGCGCUACAUCGCCGCCGUCACCAACGUGUCGGGCCAGGACGAGAUCGAGAGACUCUUCACCUGGAUUGUGAAGAAGGUUAAUGAAGUGAUUGAGGUGCGAGAGGACAAGAGCACUUACAGACGUGGGGCAUCAGUCAUCGGAGUCCUGGACAUUUAUGGUUUUGAAAUAUUUGACAAGAACAGCUUCGAGCAGUUUUGCAUCAACUACUGCAACGAGAAGCUCCAACAGCUUUUCAUUGAGCUUGUCUUGAAGCAAGAGCAAGAGGAAUACAAACGUGAGGGGAUCCCUUGGACCAAGAUUGACUACUUUAAUAACCAGAUCAUCUGUGACUUGGUGGAACAAUCUCACAAGGGCAUGUUUGCCAUCAUGGAUGAAGCCUGUUUGAAUGUUGGCAAAGUUACUGAUGCUAUGCUGAUUGCUGCCAUGGAUGAUAAAUUGAAGGGACAUCAGCAUUACACCAGCAGGAGACUGACUCCCCAGGACAAGACUUUGGCUCAUGAUGAAGACUUUAAAAUAAUGCACUAUGCAGGGAAUGUGUCCUACAAGAUUGUUGGUUUCAUGGACAAGAAUAAGGAUUUGUUGUUCCAAGACUUUAAGCGGCUUUUGUACAACUCUAGUGACCACUUCUUGAGGGACAUGUGGCCAGAAGGUGCCCAGCAUAUUACUUCUGUG